AUGCGAGAAUCGUCAAAAGGACGUGAUAAGCACAUAAUAAAACCAUUACCAGAAGCAACAGCUUGGCCAACAACAAUGGCGCUGCCACUGCUCUUCCUCUUCUCCCUCUUGCUUCAAGCUCCCUCGCACGCACAGGCACUCCAAAACAUCACACUAGGAUCCACCCUGACCACUCAAGGUCCAAACGCCUCACGGAUUUCGCCCUCCGGUGAAUUCGCGUUCGGCUUCCGCCCCAGCGACGCGGACGCCUCUGUCUACCUCCUCGCCGUUUGGUUCGACAAGAUCACCUCCAAAACCGCUGUCUGGUACGCCAACACCAACACCAACACCAACACCACACUGCCAGCUGGCUCCCAACUGCAGCUCACGCCGGGUGGCGUGCUUUCGCUCCAGGACCCUGCUGGCACAGAGAUAUGGAACCCCCGGGUGACCAACGUCGACCAUGCUGCCAUGCUCGACACAGGCAAUUUCGUGCUCUAUGCCAAAGAUGGAUCCAUCAAAUGGCAGAGCUUUGAACACCCAACUGACACCAUCCUGCCCUCCCAGGAGCUGCCUAAAGGGUCCGUCCUGCAAAGCCGGCUCAUGGAUAACGACUACUCAGCUGGAAGAUUCCAAAUCAGCGUACAGGAUGAUGGCAACCUAAGGUUUUACACCAUGGCUGUUCCAUCCCUUUUCCGCUAUGAUCCCCCAUAUUGGGAUUCUAAGACUGGUGGAAAUGGUUCAAGCCUCGUGUUCAACACAACCGGCAGCAUCUACUACACUACAAGUUCUGGCGGACAAUUCAAUAUUACAUCAGAAACACUGGACUCACCGGCAGACUUUUACCGGCGCGCCACACUUGACGCAGAUGGGGUGUUCAGGCAAUACGUGUACCCCAAGAAGGCAGCUCAGACCAGUGGAUGGAACGCUGAGUGGAAAGUUAUGGACUACCUCCCACGGAACUUCUGUGAGGCUGUCAGGGUAGAGACUGGAAGUGGUGCCUGUGGGUUCAACAGCUAUUGCCGCUCCAACACAAACAGGAGUGUGGAAUGUAAGUGCCCAAUAAACUACUCAUUCAUCGACAACGAAAGAACGUACAAAGGUUGCAAGCAAGACUUUGCUCCACAUAGCUGUGACUUGGAUGAUACUGAAUCUACUCAGCAAUUCAAGCUACUUCCAAUGAACAAUAUCAAUUGGCCUUUUGGAGACUAUGAGCGUCACAGCCCCAUUGGUGAGGAUUCUUGCCAAAGACUUUGCUUAACUGAUUGCUUUUGUGUUGCUGCGGUGUACUAUGGCGGUUCUUGCUGGAAAAAGAGGAGCCCCUUGUCCAACGGAAUGGAAGGUAACAUAGUGGGAUCAGUUUUUAUCAAGGUUCCCAGGACUAAUGUUCCUGGGUCCCAGUUGGGCAGUAACUCCAAUACAUGGAGAAAAGAGAAGAGGUAUUGGAUAAUAGGAAGUUCACUGCUCCUUGGAGGAUCUGCCCUUGUUAUUGUUUUCCUCAUCUCCAUUCUGUAUUUUGGAUCUUACCGUGUCAUUAGGCGAAAGAAGCCAGCCCAGAUACAAUCAAUGAGUCCCGAGGCAUUGCCUCUUAGAGCAUUCACGUACAAGGAGAUUGAGAAGGCGACAGAUGGAUUUCGUGAAGAGCUGGGUAGCGGUGCAUCUGGUAUCGUAUACAAGGGCCAGUUGGAAGAUGAGUUUGGGACUGGCAUUGCAGUCAAGAAGAUUGACAAGAUGCUCCAAGAGAGUGAAAAGGAGUUCGCCAUUGAGGUUCAAACCAUCGGAAGGACCUUCCACAGAAACUUGGUACGGUUGCUCGGUUUCUGCGCAGAAGGAAAAGAGAGGCUUCUGGUGUACGAGUUGAUGACCAAUGGCUCACUUAAUGGAUUCCUUUUUUGUGGUACAAGCCCAACCUGGAACCUUCGCGUUCAAGUCGCACUUGGGGUGGCAAGAGGCCUGCUCUACUUACAUGAGGAAUGCAACACUCAAAUUAUCCAUUGUGACAUAAAGCCCCAAAACAUCCUUCUUGAUGAGAAUCUCGUGGCAAAGAUCUCAGACUUUGGCCUAGCAAAGAUGCUCAGGACAAAUCAGACACAGACGAACACUGGCAUCAGGGGAACUCGAGGGUACGUCGCGCCCGAGUGGUUCAAAAACAUAGGGAUCACAUCCAAGGUCGACAUUUAUAGUUUUGGGGUGAUCUUGCUGGAGAUUGUGUGUUGCAGACGGAAUGUGGAGCUAGAGACAGCUGAUGAGGAGCAAGCAAUACUGACAUAUUGGGCAAAUGACUGCUAUAGAAGUGGGAGGCUUGACUUGUUAAUCAAGGGUGAUGAGGAGGCAAUCUUCAAUAUAAAGAAGAUGGAACGCUUCGUGGCCGUGGCAUUGUGGUGUCUCCAGGAGGAGCCAACAAUGCGGCCAACCAUGCUGAAAGUGACACAGAUGCUUGAUGGAUCCGUCACAAUCCCCACACCUCCUGAUCCAUCUUCCUUCAUCAGUUCACUCCAAUAG